AUGGCUGACCACGCCCCAGUCAAAACGAUAGACGAGAGUACCAUGCAUAAUGCUCUUAAUAGGAACUUCACCAGACUGUUCAGUUCUAUCUGUGAAGCAAACGAUCUCUCCUGCACGUCUGAUGCGCUCAUACAUCUUCCGCGAACGGAUAUCCAAAACCUCACCCUUCAACUCUUGCUGGACCUAGAACACUCUGCGAUUUGCGGGUUAACGCCCAGAUAUAGCCGUACCGCUGCCCUGGUCAAUAUUCAGAAAUUGGAGUCUACAAUACCGUCCGAAGGGUUUAACAUCUCCCGCGUAAGGCCUAUAUUGGCUUCAGCUAUUGCUUGCACGCCAGGACACGACAUCUGGGAAUGUAUCGAUGACAUAGUAACUGAAUACACCCAUGCAUCUUCCCAACAAAUCCAACGGGUCCACAAUACAAGUAGCUUUGCAACAGCCUCCGAGCACCGCCAAUAUAUUGAUCAACUUCUUCAUGCUGAGAUUGGACCUCUGUAUGUUGGGAUCCCGCAAUUUCACGCCGCGUUUUUUGGAUGCGAAAGUGGUCUGCAAGAAGCGUCCCGGGUCGUAUUCCAAAAGAUGUGGGAGGGCUGGCCAGAAAAUGCAAACCAGGAAGACGUCUUGACUUGGUUUUCAGAUCUGACUGAUAAACUUGCUGGCCUUUCAGAAGACUACCGUCUCGAGUCUGCACAGCUACGAAGGCCAGUAGCCCGGCCCAAUAGGCCAAUUCAAGGCUCUACGCCAGAGCGCAAGCUGGACAUUGGCUUCGUCAGCGACAUCAAUGCAGGAAAGGAUACCAAGUGCCUCUGGGCGGAAAUCCUCGUACCUGGAGUGUUGAAGAGCAACUCAGCAGCCGAUACCGCUGCGAAGACAUGGCUUGAUCUGGGGAGGUGCGCUAGAGAAGUCCUUGCUGCCCAGGAUACCCGUCGGUUUGUCUUGGGUUUUACCAUAUGUGGAUCCUUCAUGAGGAUAUGGGCCUUUGAUCGUCUCGGAGGACAAUACGGGUUUGACCCUACGAUCAUCACAAAAGAAGAUGGCCGGCGUUUCACUGAGAUAGAGCAGGAUGGUCAGGUCCAGCGCCUCUUCCUCGAAGGAUUCAUAAAACGGACACCCUGUAUCGCGGGUCGCGCAACAACAUGCUGGAAAGCGUAUCGUGAAGAUGACCCCGGGAUUCCACUCGUUGUUAAAGAUUCCUGGCAAGACACAGAGCACGACGAGGAAGGCAGUCUUCUUCAAGAAGCUACCACCGCCGGGGUGGUCAACGUCGCACGGUACUAUCAUCAUAGCACUGUUUGCAUUCGUGGUAAAGUAGAUGAUGUUCGCCAUAAUACUCGAAGUGGCUUAGAUAUCAGGACUGCGACUACCCGUCAUCACUCAGAGCAAGCAGAAGCACCCUCGGCCGGUGCCAGUGUAGCUGAUGCCCAGCAUGAGGGUUGGCGCACCGAUAGACCAGACAACGAGCGACCCUCCAGCCAAGACAGUGCCUUCUUGCCGCCUAGCAAACGCCCACGCCUAUCAUCACCUAACGAUACAUCCAAAAAGCUACCAAACCGUAUCCACCGCCGUGUCAUCCUGCGCGAUUACGGCAAGCCAAUCUACACUGCAAGCACCCCUUCAAUCCUUCUUGCCGCAUUAGAGGGAUGCAUAACAGGACACCAAUCUCUAUACGAGACAGGGAUCCUUCACCGAGAUAUCUCACCCCAUAAUCUCAUGAUCAACGAAAACAAGAACAACAACCCAUCCUGGCCAGCUUUCCUAAUCGACCUUGAUCUCGCCAUCAGAGAGCAAAAGGAUAGUGCCGCCCCAGUGGCACACGGUAAUGGAACUUCAUCGAUACAGAUGAUCUGGCUGUUAUGA